AUGCUGGUCUCCCUCCUCUUCCCCCGAGCGAGCCGACCCCUUCGAUGCCUCGUCCGGGACUUGCCCCGUUGCAGGUGGCGGUGGCCAAAGAGGGCUGGCUGCCCCCGCAGGGGUCUGCAAACCGCCUGGGCAACCUACAGCAGCGACGUGACCCCUGUCUUCACCAGGGCUUUGGCUUUCGGUGAUAAAAUUGCCAUUGUUGACCAAAACGGUGAACACACUUACAGGGACCUUCUCAGCCAGAGCCUACGCUUGUCCCAGGAGAUCUGUAGAGCUCUGGACUGCUCCAGCAGGGACUUGAAGGAAGAGAGGAUCUCAUUUUUGUGUCCCAAUGAUGCCUCCUACGUGGUGGCCCAGUGGGCUUCCUGGAUGAGCGGGGGCAUAGCAGUGCCCCUUUACAAGAAACACCCCGUGCCCGAGCUGGAGUACGUGAUUCAGGACUCGCAGAGCGCUCUCGUCGUUGCAGCGGAGGGAUACGUGGGGAAAAUAGCCCCUAGUGCCGAGAAGCUGGGAGUCCCGCUUCUGCCGCUCCUUGGGUCUCGUAGUGAUGGAUCCACAAGUUGUGCGGCGGUGGAGGAGGGUCCCUUGGCUACCUGCUCCUCCUGGAAAGGCAGAGGAGCCAUGAUAAUCUACACUAGUGGGACCACGGGAAGACCGAAAGGUGUCCUCAGCACCCAUGAGAACGUGCAAGCCGUGACCACAGGGCUGGUUGACAAAUGGGAGUGGAGGAAGGAGGAUGUUAUUCUGCACGUGCUGCCUUUACAUCACGUCCACGGGGUGAUCAAUAAGCUCCUCUGUCCUCUCUGGGUGGGAGCGACGUGCGUCAUGUUGCCCGAAUUCAGCGCGCAGACG